UCCAGAUGGAACUUUAUGAAUGUGCUCCGCCACCGAUGCGAUUGACAAUCGACUGUAGUUCUGAUGAAGAGAGUUUCUUUCCCAUGGUAAGUUCUUCUUCUGCAGAAAACUUUGAUAGUUCGCAUUUCGACGUCGAUUCCUUCUGUGCGAUGAUACAACGUGCAAUUCCCAAAGCGGUGGAAAACGGAAGAUUUCUACCUACCCCACAAGACUAUGACAUGACCGGUUAUGCUGACUCACAAGCGCCAGUUGCUAUAACCCCACCUAAAGGUUUUAUACCGAAUUUUGGUUUAAAUAAAUUGAAAAUAUCUAAAUUGGGCAUACCAAAGAUAAAUGUGCCGAAAUUAAAACCGAUUACUCACAAAUUGGGAUCAGCGCCAUCUAUUGGUACACCGAUGAAGUUUAAGUCUUUAAAGGUUAAAAUUCAAGAGGAAUCCAGCGCUGAGAGAAUGGAGAAGUUCAAGAAAGGAGUACAUAAGUUACUGCAUGUUGUUAAAGUUUUGGGACAGAUAGAUCAGUAUCUGUCAGAUAGGACUCGGAUUGUGGUUGAUAAAUUAUCUAAGACUUUUGGUGAUUAA